AUGGGAACCCGAGCCUUUUUCCACCACAGAGAGGAGGAACAGAAGGAGGAGAGGAGACAGAGCUUGGAAAUGACCUCCACAACCAGGAAAAAAAGGUUUAAAACCAGUGAGGAAGAGGAGACAUUCAGCCUUUCAGACCUAUCGAUAGCAGCUGCCCUUGCCUUGACCUCUGAAACAGCAAAUUCCAGGGAGUACAAUCUAAGAAGGGAAGCUGAGAUCCUGGAGCUGGAACAGAGGGGGCAGAAGAGGAUUCGUUUUGGGAAUGACAUGGAGAAGAUGGAAGAGGAGCUCAUCAGGAUCUGCAGGCAGCUCCGAGCGAGGGCUGACCGGAAGGGCCUGCGCAGGAAGGCUCUGGAGAAGGCCAGCCUGCAGAAGGAGCUCCUGGAGCUGCGUGCGGGGCGGGCGCCCCUGCUCUGGAUCCCGCUGCGGGCACACGCCGUCUGGGAGAGGAUGGAUGUCACCCUGGCAUGCACCACCCUGGGGGUCCCUGUGCCACAGGCCACCUGGUAUAAAAAUGGAAUCCCCAUCGAUCCCCGCCAAGCCCCAGCAGGAAAAUACAAAAUCAAAAAUCAAUUUGGGAUGCUGACCCUGCACAUCAGCAGAUGCUCCAUGGAAGAUUCUGCUGAGUACAGUGUGGAGGUAAAGAACCAGUAUGGUGAAGCUUAUUCCUUUGCUACAGUGCUUGUCAGGAAAUAUUAUGGAAAGGAGUCGGGAUUUGAUUCAGAAAUAUACAAAAGGUCCCUUUUGGCCAGAGAGGCAGAUUUUGCUUUUCCACUGAAACCCUUAUUUGCAAGAGAAAAGGAGCCUUUCACCCUGUCCUGUUACUUCUCCUCUGAUUUACUGGACCACCAACGAGGCAUCACCUGGUUCAGAGAUGGGGAGCUGCUGCAGGACUCAGAAGGUCGGGAGCUGAGGUCCCAGGAGCGUGAGGCCUCUCUGACAGUGCUGUGUGCUCACAAGGAGGAUGAGGGGUUCUACACCAUCCGUGUCCCCUCGCUGGAUGGAUACAAGGAGCAGACCACUUAUGUGUUUGUUAGAGACGCUGCAGCACUAACAGCUGGUGCCCCAGGAUCCCCCCUCAACGUGAGAUGCCACGAUGUGAACAAAGACUGCUUGGUCCUUUCCUGGGUAGCGCCCAGUGAUGAUGGAGGAAGCCCCAUCCUGGGAUACCUCAUUGAAAGGUGUGUGGCUGGCUCAGAGGAGUGGGUGCAGUGCAGUGCCCAGCCUGUGAAGGGCUGCAGGUGCCCAGUGCUGGGCCUGGCUGAGGGACAGACGUACCAGUUCCGGGUCAAGGCUGUCAACAAGGCUGGCACCAGCCACCCUUCAAAGGCCAGUGACUCCGUCACCACCCACGACCCCAGCAGGGACAGGAGAGUGACAGUAAUUCCAUACGACGAGGGCAGGACCAUAGAAAUAUCCAAAGAUGACCUGGAGGGACACAUUAAAAUUCCCUUGCCACCCACCAAUGUUCGUGCAAGUGAGGUCAGAGAAGAUUAUGUGGCUUUGGCCUGGGAUGAACCAGAUCCAAGAGGCAGAGAGCCACUGAAUUAUUAUGUGGAAAAGUCGCUCGUAGGCAGCAGCUCCUGGCAAAUGGUGAACCUGGAGACGCCAGCGAAUUCCCCAAGAUUUGCACUCUUCGAUCUGGCAAAGGGAAAAUCUUUCCGGUUCCGCGUGCGAUCCGUGAACAAGUUCGGCAUCAGCGAGCCCUCCCUGCCCAGCGCGCCCGUCACCGCCGGGGCACCGCCCGCUCCUCCACCUCCACCAUCUCAGGUUUUGGCAUUCAGAGACACCAAGACAUCUGUUGUUGUGCAGUGGGACAAGCCCAAGGAUGGCCUGGAGCCCCUUGGCUAUUACAUCUACUGCCGGGAGACGGGCACGGAGGAAUGGCAAACAGUCAAUAACAAGCCACUGACAGGCAACGAAUUUACUGUUCCUGGACUGCAGCCUGGAAAAGAAUAUGUGUUUUGUGUGAAGUCUGUCAGUGAUGCAGGACUGAGUGAGAGCUCACCAGAAACAGAUCCCAUCGUUGUCAGGCCGGCGAUCGCCUGUCCCUCGGCCCCAUGUGGCUUUGUGCUGCUGCACUGUGGCAAGGCUGAGAUGACCAUUGGCUGGAAAGCCCCGAAGCACAAAGGAGGAACAAAGAUCCUGGGAUAUUUCCUGGACCAGCACGACCACUCUGAGCCAGACUGGCACGAAGUCAACACUCGGCCGAUUCCUCGGCGCAUUUGCACGGUCAGCAGUCUGCAGGAGGGGCACCUGUACGAGUUCCGUGCCCGUGCCAUGAACAGGGCUGGAGUUGGGGAAGUGUCCGAGCCCAGCGACUUGUUCAGAUGUGAGGAAUGGACAAUGCCAGAGCCAGGCCCUCCCUACGACGUCAGGUGCACUGAGGUGAGGGACUCCUCCCUGCAGCUGCACUGGGAAGCUCCUCUGUACCUGGGGGCAGGGCCGGUCACAGGGUACUUCAUAGACAUGUGUGAAGAAGGCUCAGAGGAGUGGAAACAAAUAAACAAGCAACCUACAACCACAACCCACAUGAAGGUUUCAGACCUGGAAACGGGGAAGUGCUACAUUUUCCGAGUACGAGCACUGAACAAGGCUGGAGUUGGACCCCCUUCACUCCCCUCAGACCCCGUGGUGGCUAAAACCAAACCUGGCACAAAUGAAAUUGAACUCGGGGUGGAUGAAGAGGGUUUCAUUUAUAUGGCCUUUGAAGCUCCUGAAAAGAACGACUCCUCUGAAUUUAUCUGGUCAAAGGACUAUGAGGGACCUCCAGAUCCUGACCGAGUCCAGACUGAAGAGAAAGGCAAUAGAUCAAAACUGAUACUGAAAGAGCCCUCAGAAAAGGACCUGGGUGUGUAUUCAGUGGAAGUCACAGAUGUAGAUGAUGAUAUCUCUGCCAGCUGCACUUUAACAAAAGAAGAUCUGGACAAGUUACUGAAACGUAGCCAUGAGAUCAGGAACCCACUGAUCAAGCUGAUAUCUGGCUGGAACAUCGAUGUUCUGGAGAAAGGGGAAGUGAGGCUGUGGCUAGAGGUGGAGAAGCUGUCCCCAAAGGCUGAGCUGCACCUGAUCUUCAAUGACAAGGAGCUCACCAGUACCCCAACACACAAAAUCAACUUUGUCAAAGAGAAAGGCCUUGUGGAACUGAUAAUCCAGGAUUUCUGUGCUGAUGACAAAGGGAUGUACACAGCCCAGCUCAAAGACGGGAAAGCCAAAAAUCAAUUCACCCUUGUUCUCAUGGAUGAAUCUUUUGCUAAAGUGGCAGAAGAAGCUGAAGCAAAACGGAGACAAUGGAAGAAAAAGCAGGGUCCACAUUUCAUAGAGAACCUGACAUGGAAAGUUUUGGAGAGCUGUGAAGUGCUCCUCACCUGCAAGGCAACAAACCUGAGGAAGGACACCAACUUCCAGUGGUUCUUCAAUCACAAGGCACGAGCUGGUGGAGUGUUUGAGCCACAGACUGGGAUGGGAACUCUGCAGAUCCCAAAGGUAACCAAAGCAGAUGAGGGCCUGUACAAAGCAGUGGUUUCAGAUAACCGAGGAGAGGACUCCACCCAGCUGGACCUCACAAAAGGAGCCUUUGAGGAGCUUCUGAAGGAGCUGUGCAGGAUCAGUGCUCUUUCUGCCACACCUCUGAAAAUCCAGCCUACUGAGGAAGGCAUCAAAAUCUACACAGAUGUCAAGUACUACACAGACUACAUGAAAACCACCUGGUACCACAAGGAGAAACAACUGGAAAGCCGUGACAGGAUGAGAGCUGGGAGCACUAUGAACCAGAUCUGGCUGCACAUCCUGGAGCCCAGGGAGACUGAUAAGGGCAAAUACACCCUGGAGUUAUUUGAUGGGAACAGCUCCCACAAACUGUCAACAGACCUGUCUGGGCAAGUUUUUGAAGAUGCCCUGGCUGAGCACAGGAGGCUAAAGGAAGCAGCAAUAGCAGAGAAGCGUCGUGCCAGAGUCGUUCAAGGUCUGCCAGAUGUUGCCACCAUCAUGGAGGACAAGACCCUCUGCUUAACUUGUUGUGUGUCUGGAGACCCUUACCCAGAGAUCACCUGGUUCAAAAACGAGAAGGUCAUCGUGUUUAAGGACAGAUACAAGAUGGAUGUGAAGGGCUCAAUGGUCACGAUCACCAUAGAGAGAGUCUGCAAUGAAGACACAGGAAAAUACAGCAUCUAUGUCAAGAAUAAAUAUGGGUCUGAAACAGGGCAGGUCACUAUCAGUGUCUAUAAACAUGGGGAGAUCCCAAUAGGAACAGAGCAGGAAGUCCCAGCUGGGAUUACCACAAAAAAGCCUAAAUGAAUUUGAAAGGAAUUUAACUCCUUCAGAUGCCUUUCGGUGUCUCUGCCCUAAAAUUCAGGCUUGUGUCUCCGUGUUUAUUUUAGCAAUAUUUCAGUAUUUUGGCAGUUGUUAGAGAACAGUUCUUGUGUGUGUGUGUGUGUGUGUGUGUGUGUGUGUGUGUGCUCACACGUGUGUACACUGCAUGUUCACCUUCCAGAGAGACCCUGCCCUGGUAAAUCUGUGUGGGAAAUACCAGAGGAUCCACACAUGAGGCUUUCAGUGGAGGGGUUUUGUAUUAAAUCACUACAUGUAACAGAUUUUCUUGCAGCCUGUGUGUGUGUGUCAUUAAACUCAAACCCUUGGUGAUAUCUCAGCAUUAC